UUGGUCUGAAGUUGCCCCGUUGUGUACACGGUGUUUUGUUUUGUCUCGUGCUUUUGUGCCGUUUCUACAGAGCAAUGCCGUAAACAAAACUGAGGAGUUUCAGCGUACCAAGUAACGAUGCCUCUGAAGUGGGACUGCUCUUUGUCACCGGCAGCUCUACGAUGCCGGAACAAAUAUAGUAUGUGACGUGAAUUCGUGAUGCGGUGGAUGCCAUGUUAGUGUCACCUGCAGCCGUGCUGCGGUUGCGACCGCAUCAGACAACGAUUGUUAUUCGCUGUGUGUCCACGCUCUUGUGAUUAUGGAUAGUUAGGCACCAUUGUGAUCACUGUCUGCAAAGCAUGUCUUGCUGCGGCGCAAGGAUCCUGGUACUGGCGAUUUGCAUAAUUCAGCUGAUCGCAACAUUCCAACGCCAAGUCUUCGACUUCCUGGGGUACAUGUGGGCGCCGAUCCUGGCCAACUUCUUCCAGAUCAUAUUCGUCAUCUUCGGUUUCUUCGGAACGUAUCACUACCGGCCAAGAUAUGUUGUUGCCUACAUCAUCUGGACUCUUUUGUGGAUUGGAUGGAAUCUUUUUGUCAUCUGCAUUUACAUGGAAAUCGGCGCCCUGAAUAGGGAUUCCAACAUUCUGAACAUGGGCACUGGGAGCCGGAGUUGGUGGGAGGCAAAUGGCUUUGGUUGCGUGGCCAUCUUCAACUAUAGCUCUUCCGACGACAUCUUGGCCGUCACCAAGCCUGUGUCGGUGGCGGGAUGUGUGCUUCCGUACUACUAUGUGGAAUGCAUUCAAGCUGGCGUGCAGUGCCUGCUAGCGUUUGUGGGCUUUGUCGGAGGCUGCUACCUGAUCUACCUUUACACUCAGGAAGACGAUUCGUUUGCACCCAGAAGAAGAAGCAGCAAAAGAAAACCACUGAACAGCCUGCCUUAUAGCAUCGAGUUCCGUACUGACCCACCCGCCACCGACGGUGGCGGCCCCUCCGCAAGCGGCGGAUUGGGCCGCGCACCCAUGACUCCCCGCAGAGUGAAGAGACGCUCGACUCGCUCCAAACGGUCGUCAGGCCAGGCACAGUAUCAGAACCCCGUAACGCGCCUGCUCGACCGGUCCCUGGACACGUCGAGCAACGACAGCUACGCCCAUUUCGGCGGUCAGUGCAACCCAGUUUACCUGGGAUCCCGCACCAGCCUCCACUCACUAUACGGCAAGGCCAACCCCAACCUCAGCGGGCCUCUGCGAACGACCCACCAGCACAGUGCCACUACGGGGCUGCCCUCUACAAGGCACUCUACAAGGGGGCGCCACCAGCCCUACGUGGACAGCUCUGAGACAAUGAUAUGAGUGGUUUCGAACAGCGUGUGGCACAUUGUACUAGCGAAAAAGUGCGUGUGUGUGCAUAGAGCUGUGCUCUGUGCUGAGAGGCAAAACAUUGUUUCUUUCUGCUGGGUACUUGGGCGGCAAUGCUUGACCAGUCCUACAAUUUUUCCGUAUGCACAUUGGCUAGCAAUAUGAAAUGAAUGUGUAGAUAGUGACCUGUAGGAUAUAGUAUUCAGGUUUCAACUCUUCAAAAUGACAGAAGAUAGGCUGUCUUAGGCUUAAGUGUAGUAACUGCUUGAGGCCAACUGGUAAGCUCUAAAAGUGCGACCGAAUUGAGUGUCGGACCCCAUACUGCUCUCUGCUGUGCAGCCAGUUUUCAUGUACUCGUGUUUAGUAGUGUUGCUAUGCUAAGGGAACGAAUUUCAGGGAGCAAGAAAGCUGUUGCAGAAAAAAAGCUAUUAUACUGUAUGCUGUGCUCACAGGGGAUGAAAUACUCCUCGAGUUUAUCAGCAGGAGCCAAAAUAUUGACCUGAAUGUUUUUAUUCUAACCAUAUAUUGCCAUAAACAUCUACCUAUUAUACAGCCAUUUUUAUUGAAAGCUUUUAAGGCAUUCUGCUUUGUUAAGAGACAUCCCUAAGCACAGCCAUGUCAUGCCAUCCUUCGCAUUGCACUUGUGUUAUUGACAUUGCUAGGUACAUUGUUCUUCUUCUUCUUCAUCUUUUCUUUUUUUUUUUUGUGACUGCUGCAACUGCGUUUUGCUUGUGAACUAUGCCCGGCAUUCUCAAUUAUGAACUGAGAAGUGCUGUUUAACCAUCCCUGCAUAAUUAGGCUUUCAUUCAAGCUUUUGCGCGUUGUUUCGCAGUAGUAUCUCAGUGAUGAUGAGGGCCUGCAUCACCUACUGUAAUCAUAUUGUAAGCAGUUUCAUUUUCAUCAAAACGAAUUUAUUGAAGUGGCCACAAAAAACUUAACCUCAUCAAAUGAAUUUGCCUGGUCUAGAUUGCAUGAUCAUAAUUCCAAAAUUUAUCACUGCAAUGAGUUAAGAUCAACAUACUUGCUCUCAUUGGAGAAAAAGAGUUGCAGAGAAUGUGCCUCCCAAUUCCAUUCAUUUUUUUCCUAGCAUAGUGCUGCAAGCUGGAAAUGACAAGUGUUAUUUGUUAAAAGGUACAACGGUGAUACUAUUCAGUCAUCUUCUAUCAUUUGCCAUUUUUAAUACAAUUCUCGGGCUCCUGUACAGUCGGCUUAUGGUAAUUCCAGCUCAGAAAUUUUAGAGCCGUGGUUUUACUUAACGCUCAAGGUUUUUGUUGGUCCACUUUCUUUUGUUGAAUAUUGAUGCUCCUUUGUUCAAACAGGGUUUUCACUCAAGCGAAAUGUUCUUGUUCCCCACGAGAAGCAUGACUGAACACUGCUAAUAAGAGCACGUUAAAUCAAGCUGUGAAUAGUGGGAAUGUGCCCACGUAUGAUAAGUUGUACGUUGGCCAACAUGGUAGCAUAUCCAUGGCUAGGAGUUCAUGCACCACUCUUUCGUGACAACCUAUAAUUUUGUUUCGAGCUGAAUUUCGUUCAAGACUUCCAUCGCUUUAUACAAAAAUCUGCUGUGCUUAUUGGUUUGAGCCGAAGUAAGAGGACUGUAAUUUGUUAAGUUAUCCUAAAACACAUUUGUUCUUGUAAAUCAAAAUGACUUUGGGGACGAUUCUUUGAUUCGUCCAUUCAUUCUCGUGCCAUCUUGGGGUAAUCGGCUUUUAAUGGCUGUAGUUACCGAUGCUGUUGACUGUUUUCGAAGCUAAAGGUAAACAGUUUCUCCAAGCUUUCUUUGCCAUGUCUACCUCCAGAGUUUUGUCAGUUUCUUGCUCACAUCAAAACUUCAAUCUUCACUUUGCAUAUUUAUUGUACUCCUCGUGUGGUGGGGCUUUGUAUCCAUUGCAAAACCAACGUUCUCAUUUUUGAGCACGUGCGGAAGAAGCGUGAAACAUUUAGUACCACACAUUCAGACAAACAACUUUUCACGACGUAGUUUAGUUUAUAAAAGUUGACAUUGUGCUGAAGCCACGAUAACAAACUCAAGCUGUUAGGUUUUUUUUUUCUUGAUAUUUAUCGCAUGGUCACGUGAAUUUUUUACGAAGGCUUACUCCUUAGCCUUCUUUUUUAAUAAUUAUGAGCAAAUGGAACAGCUGAACGAUAUUUUACUUUGCAUGGGUUUGAAUAGUGCUACAUUUUAUCAAAUCUGUCUGGGCAUCACAUUAGCUGCCUUUUGUUUACAGGUAGCCAACACCUUUAAAUAAUCGACAGCAUGGUGUAUCUGUUUCUUCUUUUCAAUGCUGGCAUUCUUACAGUUCCUACCUGUUUUCCUGUGCAAUCGUUGACGCAAUCACUCACGAUUCUAAGCUCUGGAAUCGGUCCCAUGCAUGGUGGACGCUCUUGAUGGCGUUGACUGAAUGCUGUUAGUUUAGCACACCUUUUGCAUUAUUUGUGCGUUAUCCUUCUACGAUGCUUGCAACUUCAGCGAAGACUUCUUCGUCUUCCAGUAACCAAAGACGUUGGUACCCUGGCAUUGUGUCCAUUGUUUCACUCCUUUGAGAUGUUUUUCAUUGGAUCGCUUCUUGUAAAUAGUUAGCUGUGUGGCCAUCAAGAUCCUUGUACGGCGAUUGACUGUGCCAUCAUGUACAUUUUGUUCCUGUAUAGCUGUACCAGUUACGUAUCAUUCCUUUUACUUGUGCGGGUGAUUGUUGCAGCGCGGUACUUGGUACACUAGUGUUGUUGGGUACCGCAGAUCAAAAGGUUGGGGUGUGGUCGCUGUACAAAUUGGAGCAGUUGGAAACUGGGUUCAGUGACCUGAUCACAGUGGUUCCUCUCGUAUACUCCAAUUUGGACCAGUAUACAUCUGCCUCACAAACGAAGCCUGUGGAUGCUCACUUGUAGGGCAGCCUUGGUGCAACUGACUGGCCAAAAAAGAAUUCAUAGAUGAAUUGGAGACAUUGUCACAGCCGGCUUAUGGGCUGAAAUGAUCAAAAUCUACCUUAUUGUUGAGACAUUGAGGUUGGUGAUGAUUGUUGCAUUUGUGAUAAGCCAUGGUGCAAAUUGUAUUAGGUGGUGCAAAGAAAGACAGAAAAUUCUUGUCAUCAAGUAAAACUUUGGUCAUUGAUUCAUCUUGAUAGCCAUCUUGAUAGCAUUUAACCCUGGCACAGGGGACCUACUUGGCAUGACAUUUCUUUUAUGUGUGCCAGACCUGUCUAUUGGGCCACCUUUCAGUGUUGCCAUUUCAUGUAUUGCUCCUCUAAGUCAAGAAGCGGUGGACGCUUCAGUAAAGAAAAAAAAAAAGUUUUAAUUUGCAAGAGUUAUUGCCAUGAAGCUCCAUGUCACCCAGUUGAUAGUGGCUUUGUCUGUCCAAAUAGAACUACGUGUUUUUGGCAGCAUUUACAAAACCUGUGCCAUGCUUGGAGAUUGGCGGAAUGAACACAUUAUUGCAAUAUGUUUGUAAUACGUCUUGAUAUUUUUUAGCCAUAUUUGACCAGCUGUUUACAAUGACAUUAGGCUUUUGUCUUUUACCUACAUAACGCUACAGCAGCAGUUGCUAGAUCAAAUUUUUCAGGCAGGUGGGAGGGGGGUCAAGUAAGCCUAUUUAGACAGGCAGGGGCAUUUCAUUCUUUGCAUGGCUUUUGUGCUUUUCGAUUCCACUCAUGCAUAAUUGAAGCACUUCAGUGUGUUCAAAAUGCACUCGAACCUUGACACUAUGAAUGAAGUUGCAAUUGAAACAAACUUUCGAAGUUCAAGAUGAAAGCAUGCACAAAAAGUAGAUGCUGGCACUUGUUGAAGCCAUGGUUAAUGCGUGGCUGUGCAAGUUUUCUUGGGGCAUCCUUGCAUAUGUUUUCUCUAGUUGCUGUUCAUAAAACAUGCAAGCACUUAAAAUGAUUUACUUUUGAGUCAACUCAGUAAACUGUAUUGAAUGGGGGCGUUUGCGAGUAGUUUUCUUACUGAUAGUUUGCAUAUUAUUGCCGUAAUCGGACAAAUAUUCUUCAGCACAACCACUAGCCCUCAAAAUGGGCCCCACAUUCUUUUUUAGUUCUGUGAUAGAUAUGGAAAUUUUUUAACAUAAAUAACUGAACAAAUCUUCAAAUUUUAAUUUGUACCCUAUAAUUCAUUAUAUUGAGCCUUAUUGCAGUGAAACUCUGGUUUGGAAUGGCGACCUCCCCGGACCCCUUAGUUGUCUGUCAUGUAGAAUGUUUGAAAAUACUUGUGUCAGUAUUUUGCCUGUAGCAUUUUGUUUUGGUGCUCUGACAGGUGAUUGUAUCCAUUCUUGUGUUUUGUGUCAUUGCCCAUUCAUGUUGCUGUAUUAUGUGUGGCAGACUGUGAAAAGCGUUUAAGGAACUCAUAACUGCGCUUGGUUCAUUUGCGUCGGCACAGAGGUUACUGUCUAGUAAGCUAGUUUUGUGGUUGGCGCCGAAAGUGUUGCAGAAUCCGUGUGCUUUCAUGUAAAUAACUCCUGGUUGACCUGUCUGCGUGGGAAAUGUUUUGGAGCGAGCACUUAUUUAUUUAGAGCCACAUUUGUCGAGCGAUGUGCAACUCUCGACAAGCAUGAUGUCUGUCACCCUCCUACCUCUCGAACAAUUAUGAGGUUUUGAGAAAAUGUUGCUCAAGGAACCAGGCAAAUUGUGUAGGCUGUUAUUUGUAGGAGACUUUUGGAAAUUGUUGAUGUAGAAAUCAUAGUGCAAGUUUCUAAAGCCAUUGAAAUUGCAAUGACGUUGUUGCGAGUGGUAACAGUUCUGUCAUUUCACGAGGUCAAGAGCUUAAGUGCAUCUGCAUUUCUUGUACAUUAAGAUAAUUUUUGGAGGAAGUGCUCGCUGCUAGAACAUAGAUGGGCGUUGCUUGUGGUUAUGUGAUGUACUUAGUGAUCUCAGUAGAAGUGCAGGAUUGAUUGACUGCUAAGAGGUAUUUGUAUAGCUGUUGGAAAUGAAUUAUUGCCAAUAUAUGCGCAGUGGAGAGGUUUUAUGCCGUGGCUACUACACUUUUCAUACUCUUUAUACACCUGUAACUAGACAUCACAUGAAGUGGAAGCUAGUAAAUGAGUU